AUGCCCUUCACAGCGAAGGCGAGGGGAGCUGUGGCACCAGCAGCAGCUCCUGAUGGUGGCUACGCCUGGUUCAUUCUGCUCUCCUGCUUCCUGGUAUUUGGCCUGACCUUUGGAGUCAUUAAGGCAUUUGGUGUAUUCUACGUUGAGAUACACCAAUACUUUGAAACCACAGCAACAGGAACAGCUUGGAUUACCUCCAUUGCCGUGGCUACCAUUCACUUUGUGGCUCCUGUAGCAUCUGCUCUGAGUGCUCGCUACAGCCAUCGCUCUGUAGUGAUAAUGGGAGGACUGAUAUGCAGCGUAGGAGUUGUGCUUGGGGCUUUUGCUCGUAACCUGAUUGACCUCUACGUAACAGUGGGGUUCCUAAAUGGUUUUGGCUGUGCGAUGACAUGGACCCCCACAGUGACCAUGCUGGGCUUGUACUUUGAGAAGAGGCGUCCGAUGGCAAACGCCAUGGCCAGCGCUGGAGAGUGCGUCCUUACCUUUGUCCUCACACCUCUAUUCCAGCUGUUGAUUGACAGCUACUCCUGGAGGGGUGCUUUGCUAAUCUUGGGGGGUCUGCAGUUUAAUCUCUGUGUGUGCGGGAUGCUGUUGAGGCCAGUGAAAGCCCCCAGAGAAGUGACUUGUGAGGUCAAAGAAGAGGAGGAAGGCUUGUCCCUGGAAUUGCUUCCAAAAGACAACUCAGAGCAAAGCAAACCAAGCUGUCUAGAGGCGGGUAUGAGAGUAACUGAUGGGUCUGAUCAGGGUCUUGAGGACCCUGAAGACAUACCAAAUUUAACCAAGAAAGUCUCAGACAACAGAACUAAAAAGGCUGAACUAAGGACCAAAAUCCUUCGCUACGUAGAUUAUACCCUCAUCACAAAUGCUCGAUUCAUGGUCUACUCAAUGUUUGGGGUGUUUGCUGCACUGGGUUUAUUUGCCCCAGCUCUGUUCCUGGUUCCAUAUGCUCAUAGUAAGGGGAUUGAGGAGUACCAGGCGGCUGCACUUAUGUCCAUAUCUGCAGCGAUGGACCUGUUUGGAAGGUUGUUUUUUGGCUGGGUGGCAAACCUAAGACUGGUGGAGACGGUGCAGCAGCUUACAGCUACAGUGAUUCUGCUGGGAACUGUGUUACUCCUCUGCCCUCUUGCCUCUUCAUAUUCAGAGCUAGCUGUUUUCAGCGCGGUUUAUGGCCUGGUGUUCGGUGCCACGGUCGCCAUCCACAUCACCGUGCUGGCUGAGGUUGUGGGCGUCAACAGGCUCGGAAGUGCUCUGGGUUUCUUCAUGCUCAUUCGUAGUAGUGGAGGCCUGCUUGGACCGCCCAUUGCUGGAUUCUUCAUAGACAAGAUGAGUGAUUACGGGACGGGUUUCUUAAUGGCUGGAGUGGCUCUCAUCGUCUCUGCUCUGUUCCUGCUCCUCCUCCAUCAGAUGAACCGCAGGGGUCAAGGGUCAUCUGAAACCAAUAACAUCGAUGUGCAUACAGACAAGAUGGGACAAAGCGUCAGCGCUAAAGCAGAAGAGCUAGACAUGACACGAAUGAAGGAAAAAUUGUUUCAGUUGCUGAUAGACGAUGCGUUUCUACAGUGAUCUGGAUCUCCACGAUCACAGUCAGAGGCUAAACCAAGUGAAGUCACACCUCAAGUGUUUUUACAAUCGCAAGGGACUGUAGCA